GUCUGUAAUCCAGAUAAGCUUGUGUGUUGUCCUCAUAUCGGUUUACUCGAAUGCCGACACGGUUCCUCCGUCUUACAAAGCAAGACUUUAUCAACAUCUACAGAGUUCUCGCUGGUCUUGGAAACUGACUGGAUCCCAUGUUAAGACCGUACAUCCUGUUUCCUUCAAAGUGGAUGUCCUCUCUACAUAUAAUGUGACGAAAAUGUCCAAGAACGUAUUUCGAAACGUUAAUAAGUACAGAGACUGUGCAACCAUACUAGAGAAAAAUCCAGGUCAGAAAGGAAAGGAUGGUGUAUACACAAUUUAUCCGGAUGGAAAACAAAAGAAAAAAGUGUACUGUGACAUGACAACAAAAGGAGGUGGUUGGACGGCCAUACAAAGAAGACAGGACGGGUCUACAGAUUUUUACCGUCAAUGGUCAGAAUAUAAACAAGGAUUUGGGAAUCCCUCUAAGAACUACUGGAUUGGAAAUGACGCAAUCUAUGAGCUGACAAAGAACAAGGACCAGGAACUCAGGGUUGAACUACAAAGAUUUAAUGGUGAGAAAGCAUAUGCACAAUACUCCACAUUUUAUGUUGGAGAUGAAGGCAGUAAAUACAGACUCACUGUGUCGGGGUAUUCAGGAACGGCAGGUGACAGUUUGGAUUAUCACAAUGGAAUGAAAUUUAGUACAAAGGAUCAGGAUAAUGACAGUAAUAGUGGUAACUGUGCUAUAACAUGGCACGGAGCCUGGUGGAACAAGUCCUGUCACCAAUCAAACCUUAACGGAAAGUACGCCACAUCUGCUGUAAAAAAUUGGAAAUACCCGGUAUGGCAGCACUGGAAGUAUAAUGAAGCGCUACAAAAGACUAUGAUGAUGAUCAGACACAAAAACUAAAGAGUUUUGAAAUGCAUAUUCAGUCCUGACAGGAAUUUAAAAAAAAAAAUUGAAUAGUAAACUCUUAACAAAUAAAAAUAAGAACUUUA